AUGAGAGCAGUCACAGUUGGUCCACUGGAUACGCCUUAUGCCCAUGGCCUCUUCUUCUUCGACAUACUUUUUCCAAGAAAUUACCCCAAUUGUCCUCCAAGGAUUCACUACCAUUCUUAUGACCUUGACUUGAAUCCGUACUUGGACCCAAAGGGCAAGGUUUCACGUAGCCUGUUGGAAUAUGGGAUCUCGGUGACUAACUGGUACUGCGGUGUUCAAGACAAGUGGAAUGCACAGAAGUCUGACAUAUUGCAAGUGCUCACAGCUAUUCAAACUUCAAUCUUGAGUGCCAACCUAUUAAAUCCUGGUGGUGGAGAAGGUUUGCGAGAAUCCAACAACUUAGAAUGGCUUAAAUACAAGAAAGCCUUAACCUUGACAAGCAAGGGCAUGCUUUAUAUGCUGAGAGAACCCCCUUUGAACUUCCAAGAUUUUGUAGAGGGAUACUUUUGA